AUGUUGCCAGGCUACUUCACCAUUCUUCGGAUCACGGGUCUGUUCCUGCGGUUACGCUCCUACGAAGUUCCAAAGCGCGCUAUUUCUCCUGCAUCCCCCAGGCUGAUUCAACGGAUCACCGGAAAGGUCUUCUGCAUCGUUCACCACUUGGAAAUGUUUGAGGGUUCAUUUGAUGAUCAAUACAUCGGAUGCACUGACAAAAUGGAGUCUAUAGCUCCAGGAUUACUGAGGAAGGAAAGAAUGGAGUCUCCUCACCUUAACAUUUUCUGGAAUAUUGCAUCUGCUUUAUGGAAAAAAGAAAAACAUUUGCUGGGACGUCUUCCUGACGGUUUUAAGGAUGAAUACGGGAUCGCAUUAAUAGUCAUCUCAUUUCGGGAUUUCUCUGUUGGCAAACUUAUGGAACUGGAAAUGGAAAAAUAUAGUAAAAAUCCCAAGACCUUCAGGUUCCAUUCACUUCAUUUCUAUGUUACCAGAGCUUUCAAUUUGCUUCAACCCGGGUGUGAUGGAAAACCACUGUACACACAGAGGAGCACCCCAGAGGUUCUGCUUAAGCCGCCAUCUGACCCUCAGGCCCCAGUAAGACUGGGAUCCUAUAUUGAUACCUUUACUGACAUUGGAUUGGAAGAAAAUAGAAACUUGUCAGUAUCCUUUAUCACCUGCUUCGGGGCGAAACUACUGAACUUCUCGUAUCUUCCACGGAAUGACAUAGUGAUUGUUCAACUUAAUGAAGUGUUUCAGGUCACCGAUUAUAAUGAGGAAAAGAGAAAUAUCUUCCUGCAGAGCACUCAUAAAAAGUGCAGCUAUUACAACUGUGCCUACCUGGGGGGUAAGUGA